AUGACGGACAUGCUGCAGCCGUGCCACUUGCGGCUCCGCAACGUCCGUGGACUAGUCACGGUGCUCCAGGUCCUGAAGUGCAGCGGAAAGCACCCCUGCGUGAUGAUGGUGGCGAGCACGGGCAUCAAGGUCAUCUUCGAGGACGACGCGAAGGCCAUGCAGGGCUGGGCCUUCUUCAAGCCCCACGUCUUCUCUACCUUCGAGUGCCCCGGCCCCAGCCGCACGCUCGGCGUCCGCAUCCAGCAGCUCAUCGACGUCCUCAAGGUCUUCGCCUGCUCGCCCGACGCCGAGCUCCGCCUGCGGUACCCAGGCCCGAACGCGGAGCUCCUGUUGGAGCAGACGGACGACGCCGGCGACGCGGGGCGCAUGUGUACGUACGCGCGUGUCUCGACGGAGGAGGCGGGGGCCCCGCGGUCGUUCGAGGAGUUCUUCGACGCGGCGUCCGAGUCGCAUUUCCUCGUCCCCGGCGCGCUGCUCCGCGAGGCGAUGGAGGACCUGGAGUGGGUGGGGUCUGAGGUGGCGGUAGAAAUGGACGACAGGGCGCAGCGGGUGGUGCUGUCCGGGUCGCAUGAGGCCGGGGCGGGGUCCCUCGCGGUGGAGAUACCGCGGGAGAAGAUGGUUGCGUUCAGGUGUGCGACGGGGGGUGUUCGGCGGAGCUAUAACUACAAACACCUCCAGGGGGCGUUGUGCAACACGCCGACGUUCAGGGAGGCGCCGGAGGUGUCGACGGGGGUCUCGGUGGAUAGGCGCGGGAUGAUGAAGGUCACGCACCUGAUCGGGAUGGGCGCGGCGGGCGGACAGGCGAUCAACGCGUCUGUCGUGUUCAUGGUGGCGCCCCUCCUCGAAGAGGAGGACUGA